GGUUUAGUCUCUGACCUGUAACUUGUGGUAUUCAUUAGAACAGUAACCUUAGAAACAGUCGCCAUGUUUUCUGACGGAGGUCUAUGUAGAGGAAGACUGAAAAAACAAACAACAACAAAGCGGUGUGUUAUCAUGAUAUGAGGCAGCCGGUCUAUCAACAUACACGUUUACGUACCUGGCAUCUGCGUGUCCGUACUCGGUCAACAACACCCGCCAUCCAAACGCAGAACGCGCCAGGAAAAGAUCAGGUGCCAGUCCUGUGAGCAGGCUGCAGACCGGCGGGUGUUUCAGACGAGAGACGGCCGUCCCUUCCGCGCCGCCCCCACCGCCGGUUCGGCUUAAAGCAGACAACUAGAAAAGUUGCAACGACAAGAAUCCAACUGAGCAGAUCGACAUGGAGUCUAAACCCGCUCUUCUCGCAGUCUGCUUAGUGCUCAUCACCCAACAUGAACGGGUUAGAGGACAAUACGGCCCGCCUGUGUGUCAGACCUGGAACUCAACAACUGUGGUGUGUAGAGGGGAGUAUGCGUGGGGUAUUAUACCAAUCCGCGCGCGUCUAUCCCAAGUACCUCCCGGCGUCCCCGAGUCUGUCACCACCUUGGAUCUCAGUAUCAAUAACAUCACUGAUCUAAGCAACGGCUCGUUUAGUGGGCUAAGAAACCUGAAAUCUUUGGACUUGUCUAAUAAUAAUCUACAGACCAUCGAGUCCGGUACAUUCGCUGGGCUUCAGAAUUUAGAACGGCUUGACAUGAGCGUGCAUAUGCCUGAAUGGGGACUGAACCCCGAGUUUUCUCUUCAGAAUGGACUUUUUCGAGAUCUGCUAAACUUAAACUACCUGACCCUGGAGACUUCCACCGAUACAAUCAGCGAGGGGGUGUUCACCGGGUUAUCUAACCUGAGGCAUUUAAAUCUCAGCAUAAAAAAUAUCAGCAAUUUUCCUGAUCAUAUUUUUGAUUCUUUGACUUCAAUGGAAAGCCUGAAGAUAGAGGAACGCGGCGAAGCCAUAAAAGAGGACCGAAAUACCACUACUAGAAGAGUCCACAGCGGAAAUGGGUUCUUACAACGACGCAAGUUGUGGGCACCGUUACACAACCUUGAGAAAUUGAGUCUCAAUGAUCUAACAAGACCCAGUGACCUCUACUUUGGACUUGUAUUUGGAAAUCUGUCUAACUUGGACACUAUAGAAAUAAAGUCGUAUAAGGAAUAUUCCCUCAGUGUUCAAAUGUUUCAGCCCCUGUUACUAACUCUGAAACAUUUACUCGCUGGGUGUUCAUUUAAUGUGACGAUACAUCUGGAGCCCGGUCUGCUGAAGUCACUCACACAUCUGCAGACGUUGGACCUCCGCUGUUCAAAAUGUAACGUUCUGGACGUUUUGCCUGAACUUCAACACACGCAGAUUCAGGAGUUGUCAUUUGGCAUGUUGGGAUCCGGGAUGAACAAAAUAACAUCUGAUACACUGGCGGGAAUAAAAGGUCUGAAAUACUUAAAAACUUUGCUAUUAGGUAUUACGAACAUUGACGUCAUACAAACUGAUGCCUUUGCGGGGUUGUCACAUUUGCAAAGGUUGGAUUUGUAUGUGGACCGCAGGGUUUCGGAUUGGGGUGAAUUGAAAACUUUACAAGACAAAGCGUUUAGCGGACUGUCCUCACUCACUCAUCUUGACUUGAGUUGGCAGCAUGUUUCUACUUUACCACAAAGCCUGUUUAAAGGACUGACCUCUCUCACUCACCUUGACUUGAGCCAUAACGAUUUGGCCUCCCAAGCUCAGCUUCCAGAAACGCUGGACUAUCUUGAUCUCAGUGACAACUACUUAGACCAAAAGACACCAUGUGCCAGCGGUGGCUUAAAAACCGUAAAUCAACUGAAUUUUAGCCAUAAUCAACUGACAGGUUUCUACGACAGUUGCCUACCUUCGAAUGCAACUGUGCUUGAUUUCCAGCACAACAGAAUUACCAUUACCUAUUCCGUAUGCCUCGUUACGAAUUUACGGUACCUUGACCUCUCUAACAAUGAAAUCAUGUUUAUGGCCUCUUAUGUGCCAUGUGAUACUUUAGAAACACUUCGGCUGGAUAACAAUAGAUUAGGGGAUUUUUCUGGAAUUUACUUUCCAAAUCUAAAAACUUUGACUCUUUCUCACAACCUCAUCAAGCGUGUCGAAACAGAACAACUCCCAGGGUUGCUCCAGCUAGAACAUCUAGAUCUCAGUCAUAACGACAUCAACACAGUCAUGCCAUCCGCCUUUAAUGGACUAUCGCGGCUGAGAUUCCUGGAUCUUAGUAACAACCAAAUACAGAAUAUAUCAGAGAAAACAUUUGAAGGUUUGGGCAACCUCACACACCUAAACCUGGCAUUUAACGGGAUAUCGUCAAUUGGGAACGCGUUUCUCCGUCUGUACGAAUUAAAGGAUUUGAAUAUGAGGGGAAAUACCUUAAUUCUUUUGAAUGAAACAGCACUGGGUCCUGUUGUCGAGCGGCUGGAGAGGCUUGACCUUACAGACAAUCCGUUUUUGUGUGACUGUAACUUACUGUGGUUUGUUGAGUGGGCCAACGACAAAUACGACAGGGUGCCGAACUUGUACAACCCUUACCCAGACUUUCGUAGAAGAAUCAAAUCUUCCGUUCCAGCGCAACUGCGCGGAAGACAUUUAAUAGACGGGUUGAUACAGAAACAACAAUCCAACGACAGAAAGGAUCCAUCAGAACGAAAGUUCUUUAACGCAGUCUGUAGUCAUGGAUUCCGGCCCAACCGCCUCCUGGCUUGUGUGCUCGCCUCUUCCGGCAUCUUCGUCGCCAUGAUGACCAUUUUCCUGGUCGACUACCACAUCGGCCGUGUUCAGUACUACCUGUGGAUGUUAGCCAAGUGGAGGAGACCGAAGAUUGGCGAAGUAGAGGAGCAAGAGCCACACAGAUACACACACGACGCGUUUAUUGCAUACAACAACCAGGACGUCAUGUGGGUCGUACAUGAAGCGAUAGAGAAUCUGGAACCUGACUACAGUCUGGUCAUACACGACAGGGACUUUGCAGUGGGCGCUCCCAUUGUGGAAAACAUCGCGGAUGCCGUGGAAAACAGCCGGAGAACCGUCUGCCUCAUCACCAGGAACUUCCUGAAGAGUAAGUGGUGCGAGUACGAGUUCCAGAUGGCCCAGUACAACAUGUUUGAGGAGGGGGGAGGGAGGCGUCUCAUCCUGGUGUUUCUGGAGAGGAUUCCUGACAGGAUGCUGAAACGGUUCCGCCAUCUGAACGCCGUAAUGAAGAGGGACACGUACCUGACGUGGCCGGGCGACGUGCGGAAAAGGCCGCUGUUCUGGAAGCGGCUGCGCGACGCUCUGGGUGAUCCUCUACCCCGGGACCCAGAGCCUCAGCUGCAGGUACAAGAUCCGGAACGGAACAUUCCGGAACAGCACAUACAGGAUCCGGAACGGAACAUUCCGGAACAGCAAGAACAGGCCCCGGUAAGGAACAUUGUGGAAGUCCAGGUACAUGGCCCCUUGCGAAACGUACCGGAACAAAACGAUGAGAUUCUGUUACCAGAGCCAGACGAGCAGUGGUUUGCAGAUUGGGAUGACGUUGAUCUUCUACCACUGUAGAUCAAGAUCCAUUUCACUGUGUUGCCAGAUUGUUAUGGUUUUGUGAUACAUUUUCUGUGACUCUUUCCAUGCGAAAGUCUUUAGUAUUCAAGAAAAUUGUAUCUAUAGAUCUAUUUUGUCGAAGUCCACUUUGUACAGCACGAUCCAAUGGAUAUUUUUAGAUACGCUUAACUAUAUAGUUCCGUUGCGCUAGAGGUAUUUUACAUUUAUUUAUCUUCCACCAUAUUACAUGUAAUUGUAUUUACAAAUAGGGCCAUGUUGUUUUGAUUAUAUCAUUUAAGGAUGAUCAGCAUGAAAGCGUGUUCCUGUAUAUAUAAGGGUGAUGUAAACGUUAUAAUUUCUAUAUAGUUACUUAUGUCGGAAAAGAAAUAGUAUGUAACGAUUAUCCAACAGAUACGUAUACUGGCAUAAACUCUUUUAUGCCUAUAGGACAACUCGACAUGUAACAUAGUUAAAAAGAUUUGAAAUUCAUUUCAAACGAUAGCAACAAACACCCACAGUGUGACUUGAAAUAGACUCUUAUUAGUCAGUCAUACCUGCCAUUACUUUACAAUUC